AUGGUUAAGGAUUGGUAUUGGGCAGGAAGGUCCUCCAAGAGAGGUGAAGGAGCUGAAACAGAAAUCCCUUCUGGUUGCAUGUGUGUUGUCUUUCAGGCUUUUGAUUUUCAUCCAUUUAACUUUUCCAUAAACCAGCAACAAUCCUCUUUCAAGUCUUCCUCUCGAAUCCCACAAGACCAGUGUGUCCCCAAAGGAGCUGAAGCACCCAGGAAUAGCUUGGAAUCAGAGGAUGGUACAGUGUCAUCUAUCUCAAAAGAAGACAAUUUAAACAUUCCGAAGAAUAUACGAAUCAAAACCAGUGGAACCACAAGAUCAAGAAGUUUUAAUGAUUUUUCCUCAGAAAUUAGUGGCUCUCCAGGGACCAAGACACCGACUUUGGUUGCAAGAUUAAUGGGUCUUGAUCUUCUUCCUGAUUCACAUUCUUCCUCAUCUCUUUCCACUCCAAACCGACAAGGCCAUCCACAUCAACACCACAAGAGACCAAGGCAACACAUCCAAAUAAUAAAGCACAGAAACAGCACAGAUAGUGACAAUGUAGCCAUUCGCUCAUUGCCUGAGACUCCUAGAAUUUCUUCCGCAAGAAGAUCAGAUGUUGAGCAUAGACUAUCUCUCCAAAUCAACAAGGAAAACAUGGGCUUUGGUGAGGAUUUGGAGGUUCCUCGGCUUUCAUUUUCAAAAAGGAAAUAUGAUGAGAACAAUAGCAGAAGUCCAAGCCACUAUGCCAGGCAAAUUAUUAAACAUGUUAAAGAAAGUGUAAGCAGGAAAGUUGGGCUUGACAUAACCAACACUGUCAAAAACAGAGAGCAAGGAAGAGAAGAAUUUGUUGGCCAAUUCAAAAUCAAGAAACCUCCCAAGACAUCAGUGAAAUCAUUAGAUGAAUCCAGCCCAGGAAAGCACUCAAACCAAUCUUACUCCCCAAGACUCAGCAGAUUCAUUGAUACCAAAGACAAACCAAGUACAAAACCAUCACCAAUUACCCCAAAAGAUCAAAACACACACCCAGUACUAAAACCACCAUCACCACCACCUGUAAUCAACAUUGAAACACAGCUUUCAAGAGUUUCAACAAAACCAAAGCCUCAAGCAUUGCCCGAGAAAGAGUUGCAGAACCAAAAAUCAGUCCCAAAAUGCAAGAAAACCACCCAUGAAAAAGUGAGUUCACGGCUUAACAAGCCUCCACAGGCAUCAAUCAGAAACAAGCAAGAUGAGUCAUUUAUUAUCCGUCCCCCAUCAGCCGCCAGAGCCAAUGACAACAAAACCAAAAGCAAGAGAACUCAUCCACUUUCAACCAAUCUUCUCAAUAACCUCAACACGGUUCCAAAUCUUCUCCCUCUCAAGACAGGCCCUUCUCCUCCACCAACCAAAAUUCCUCAAAAACAGUUACUGGUAUCAGAUGAUAGCCAAGAAGCAAAACACAGCACACAGUUAUUUAGUUGUUCGCGCCAGACGUACAAACAAGAAGUGACGCACACACUCGCCACCCGAGGAACCAACGAUGAAGACAAAUCUAACGUUUCCUUCACCACCAUCGGAGCAGAAGAUGAAGGGCCGGAAUUUCAGUACAUCACAACCAUUCUAAGCCGUACUGGAGUACACAAAGCCACAGUACCCCAUCUCAAUUUUCAAUGGUUCUCUCCUACCCAUCCAUUGGACCCUUCAGUUUUUCACCUUCUUGAGCACUGCCCAACAUCCAAUCCCUUUGUUUCUUUCCCCGACAACAAUAAAGAUGGCAACUUUACGCAGAAAAGCCAUCUGGGUCCACGUUGCAACCGUAGAUUACUGUUCGAUUUGGUCGAUGAAGUGUUGUCGGAGAUUCUUGUCCGGCCAAAGUGUUACCGUGGGUUGUUGUUGGAGACGGUGUGGAAGAGGGUUCGGAGUUUUCCACGUGCGAAAUGCGAGGUUCAGGAAGACAUUGAUGGGUUGAUAGAGAUGGAGGACAUGCAGGAGAAGAUGAAGGAAGAAAGAGAAGAAGGGUUGGUGGCGGAGAUCGAACGGAACAUAUUGGAGUCGUUGGUGCAUGAAACGUUUACCGUUAUGGUUGGUGGCGUGGUGGAAGGGUAG